AUGGCAGCAUCAAUGCCAUCUAAUUUCGAGAUUACUAGUGGUGAUUAUGUUCAUCGGCGUCCAAGUGGUGCACCUUCAAUUCAACUUUCACGCUUAUCAACUGGAGUCAUCAGCCGACAAGAUUCAUUGGAAAAUGUAAUAUCAAAAGAUGAAGUAACACUGAAAAGACAUUUAGGUCUAUUCUCAGGAGUUUGUUUUAUAGUUGGAAUUAUUAUUGGUUCGGGUAUAUUUGUCUCACCAAAAGGUGUUUUACGUGGUACGGAAUCAGUUGGCCUAUGCUUGAUUAUUUGGGUUGCAGCUGGUCUUGUUUCGUUGCUUGGUGCAUUAUGUUAUGCAGAGAUCGGUGCACUUAUACCAAGAAAUGGAGCUGAAAUAGCCUAUAUGAAAGAAGGCAUUGGAUCAGUUCAUGAACGAGUUGGUGAAAUCUUAGCAUAUCUAUUCGUAUGGACAAGCGCAUGUAUUCUUAAGCCUGCAAGCAUCGCUGUUCUAACACUCACUUUUUCUCAAUACUUUUUAUCGGGGAUUUUUCUCGAUUGUGGCGUAUCAGAAAAUGUUGUUAAAAUGACAGCGAUACUUGCUAUUCUCGUUCUCAUGAAUAUUAAUUCUAUCAGCGUGUCGGUAGCGAAUCGACUGAAUAUUAUCUUUGUUAUUUGUAAAGUAGUAACUAUUGUAACUGUUAUUAUUAUCGGUAUUAUACGCAUGGCACAAGGGCAUGUAGAAAAUUUGAAAACUGGAUUUGAGGGUACGACCACCAAACCAUUGAAUGUUGCACUUGCUUUUUAUUCCGGUUUAUGGGCGUAUGAUGGAUGGAAUUGUUUAAAUUCAAUAACAGAAGAAGUAAAAAAUCCGAAAAGAAAUCUAUGGUUAUCCAUAGUAUUAGCUUUACCAUCGGUUAUUAUUCUUUAUCUUCUUACAAAUAUAUCCUAUUUUACUGUAAUGAAUAAAGCAACAUUACUUAGCUCAACUGCUGUUGCUGUUACAUGGGGUGAGGUUGCAUUAGGUCCUGUUGUUCGUGUUCUACCAAUUCUUAUAUCGAUCAGUGCAUUGGGCAGCGGCAAUGGAUCGCUUUUUUCUUCUGCGCGCUACUGCAUGGUUGGCGCUCAGUAUGGAUAUUUACCUGAAGUUUUUGCUUGUAUUCAUAAGCGAAAAUUGACACCAGUGCCAGGAAUUGUCCUUCAGGGUGUCAUUGCAAUAGGCUUAUGUUUACCAAGCAAUAUCGAUGGUCUCAUUGAUUUCUUCAGUUUUUCGGCAUGGAUAUUCUACGGGAUAACAUUUUCUGCAACACUCUGCUGUAAAUUUACGAUGAAAAACGCAGAACGAGUCAUCAGUGUUCCAAUCCCGUUGAUUAUUAUUAUUAUUUUGAUUUCAAUCUAUUUGGUCGUCGCACCUGUUAUUGCCGCUCCGCAACUUGGAUUUCUUCUCGCUAGUCUGUUCAUUUUGUUUGGUUUAGUAUUUUAUUAUCCAUUUGUUUAUCGUAAAAUGGAGAUCAAUUUUAUCAGAAAAGUUAACCGUUUUCUGAUAACUUUCUUUCAAUUACAACAUGCCCAAAUUAAAAUUUAA